AUGAGGACAAGAAGUUCAAGCCUUCUAAAAACGGUCUCGUCCGCAAGAGGGCGCAAGAACAAGAAGUCAAAAUCUGCGCCAGUCGAGGCACCAUUUGCAGAUACAACCUCAGCAGACGCACCUGCAGAAGCUAUUUCAGAAGAAUCCCCACCGGUAGACCCUGCGCCGUCAGACCCUGCACCAGUCGAAUCUGUACCAGCUGAGCCAGCUUCCGAAGAACCUACACUACCUGAGCCUGCGCCAACAGAGGCUGCGCCAGCAGAAUCUCCACCGUCAGACCCUGCACCGUCAGACCCUGCAUUGUCCGACCCUGCAUCAGUCGAAUCUGUACCAGCUGAACCAGCUUCCGAAGAACCUACACCACCUGAGCAUGCGCCAACAGAGGCUACGUCAGCAGAAUCCCCACAGUCAGAUCCUGCGCCGUCAGACCCUGCACCAGCCGAGUCUGUACCAGCUGAGCCAGCUUCCGAAGAAUCUACGCCAGCUGAGCCAGCGCCAGUAGAUGCUGCUCCCACUGAUACUGCAGUAGAAGAAGCUCCUCUAACAGACACUCCAGCAGACACUCCAGCUGAAGACGCCGCAGCCAAAGAAGAACCAUCAGCAGAAGUUCCAGCUAACGAAACCGCCCAAGCGGAGGCAGCUUCAGCAGAAGCAGCGACAGACGCACCUACGACUGAAGAGGUUCCUGCCGAAUCAUCGCCUAGCGAGGACAAGCCGACAGCAGACGAACGCUCUGAGGGGCAGCCAGAUGAGCCUGAACCAAAGCCUGAUAGUACACCUGCUGAGGCUACAUCUGAAGAGCCAAAGUCUGCGGCCGCCGCUGAGCCCGUAAAUGAGGCACAACCAGUCGAAGAAGCUGCUAAGGAAGCUGAGCCGUCUGCUGCUGAAGCACCAGCAGAGGAAGCACCAGCAGAGGAAGCACAAGUAGAGGAAGCUGCCGCAGUUACUGAACCAUCACCAGCUGAGGCAGAGCAAAUUGCGCCGGAUGACCAUGAAAGAAAUGAGCUUGAGCCAGCUGCUGCCGAAGAACCCGCACCAGCAGAGCCCGUACCUCCAGCUGAAGGAGGAGCCGAAGCAGCUGAGGGUGUUGCUGAGCCAGAAGCCGCUCCUGCCGCCGAAGAGACUCCUAAAGACCCACUAACAGAGCCAGAACCGGCACCGUCAACAACGGAAGAGCCUAUAGCCACAGAACCACCGGCAGAGGAAGCUCCGCCGGUCGCUGAAGAGCCAGCUCCGGAGGCACCAACGGAGGAAGGCCAAGCAACGACCGAAGAGCCAGCACCUGACCCACCUGCAGAAGCAGCCCCAGUAAUCGUCGACGCUGCUCCGGAACCCGCAGUAGAAUCAAACCCCGAGGUCAUCGAAAUAGCCCCCGACCCACCCGCAGAAGCAGCUCCGGUAAUCGUCGAGGCCGCUCCAGAAGCCCCAGCAGAAGCGCCCCCCGAGGUCAUCGGAAUAGCACCCAACCCAGCUCCAGCAGCAACGGACAGUGCCAUUCUCGAAGAAGAGGAAGCUGCCGCCGAUGUCGUCGAAAUCGCCCCACCCUCCCCAUCAUCCUCAAAACGCCGCCACCGCUCAGGCUGGGAGCGCGAGCGCCGGCACAGCAAAUCUUCCUCCAAAGGCAGCAUGGAAAUGCCCCUUUUCAACUCCUCGCACAAACGUCGCGAAAGUGACGUCACGAACAGCACCUCCAAGUCUGCGGAAGUUGAAGAACUGCUCAAGCAAGCGAAGGAGAAGCGGUUGAGCAAACAUCAUUCAUCACCACGAAAGCACGGUGAAGGCAGUCUGGCGUCUUCAAGCCGCCCUACAGCGGAGAGGAGAUCCAGUAAUCGGGAUAAAGAGCCCGAAGAUAAAGGCAAAACCGCGGCAUUCCGCCCAAGACUCCUCGACAUGCUCCCCCGCGCCGAAUCCAACACCAGCAUGCUCAUCCGCGUCAACGACGAAAAGAAGGUGUCAUCUAAAAGCUCUUCCGGCUCCACCCCCCGACCCCGUCGUUCGACCACCGCGUCCUCCCCGUCCCGCCGCGAGCGCCAGUCCAAAGCCCGCUCCGCGGACCGCAGACCCAGAGCUAGUACUGACGUUGAUGAAGAGGCGGGGAGGAAAGAGCGGAGGAGGAAGAGGGAGGAGCUGGACAGGGCGGAGGCGGAGACGAAGAGGGAGUUGAGGAAGAAGAGGCGGGAGUUGGAGGAGGCGCAGGAAGCGGCGAGGAGGGCGAGGGAGGGGAGGAGGGAGAGGGAGAGGGAGGAGGAUAGAAGGAGGGUUAGGCCGAGGGAGGGGGUGGCAAGGGGGUUGCUGAGAAGGCUUUUCAGUUGA